CAAAGGCCCAUUAGGCCCAAUACAAUAAACAUUGUGCUCUCUUUAUAAGCUCUUUGCAUAUAGGGAAGACCGAGAAAAAGAAUCAGUCUCUCGUAACUUUUGUCGGAUUUCCCCCAAAAAGAAAAGAAAAAAAAGCUAAGAAGAAAGAAAGAAAAUGGCGGAUCAGCUCACCGAUGACCAGAUCUCAGAGUUCAAGGAAGCCUUUAGCCUCUUCGACAAGGAUGGUGACGGUUGUAUCACUACCAAGGAGCUCGGAACCGUGAUGAGAUCUCUAGGGCAAAACCCAACCGAAGCUGAGCUGCAAGACAUGAUCAACGAGGUCGACGCAGACGGGAACGGGACCAUUGAUUUCCCCGAGUUCCUGAACCUGAUGGCGAGGAAAAUGAAGGACACUGACUCAGAGGAAGAGCUCAAGGAAGCCUUCAGGGUGUUUGACAAAGACCAGAACGGUUUCAUCUCUGCAGCUGAGCUUCGUCAUGUGAUGACUAACCUUGGGGAGAAGCUAACCGAUGAGGAAGUUGAUGAGAUGAUCCGUGAAGCUGAUGUUGAUGGUGAUGGUCAGAUCAACUAUGAUGAGUUCGUUAAAGUCAUGAUGGCUAAGUAAAAGAGAGAGAGAGUCUUACUAUCCCUUGUUUAAAAAAAGCCUUAACCUAAAAGAAUGAUACAUUGGCUUUGAUUCUGGUUGUGUUCUUUAGGACAUGUUUUUGCUUCUUUUCUGUUUUAUUUGUCUGCUUCCGCUAAGCUAUCUCUUUAGUGUUAUGUCAAGUAUGAACUUCAUGUUUUGCUUAUCCUUUGACAAUUUAUAUUCUCUCCUUUUUAUUGGUUUUAA